AUGGAGCAGAACCUAUUCUCCAGCAAUGUCUUACUCUCGCAGUUCAAAGAACAAAACGAGAAGAUGAAUUCUCAGCUCGACAGCCAGGCAAAACAGAUAUCUAGCCUUACUGACCAAAACGCAAAGCUGGCAUCCAAGCUGGAAGAACAGACCAAGUGGACAAAUGCGCUGAAACAACAGGGCAAACUAAAACAGGCCCUUCACGAGUCCUGCGUGCUAAUGAUUGAUGGGUUCGAGUACGAACAAGAGCUAAUUGGCGACGUUACGACAUCUGAAAACAGCAUACACCUGUUUGAAGCAAGCCACAAUAAUGUCAUUAACAAGGUUGGGAACAUGGAGGCUUGGAUAUCUGGGGUUCUCGAGCCGCUGAUGCUUCAAGACGAAGACGAUAGUCUACAAUUCACGCUAGAGGAGGCCGAGAUCUUGCCCUUGGCUAGUAACCGCCCACGAACUGUCCGUUCCUUUGCAAGCAAGUUCGAUAAAUAG